AUGAACCCGCAACAGCCAUGUCAGGCGCCCGGUGGGGCUCCCUUCCAAGGCCAACCGGCUCCUCCGCGCCCAGGACCUCCUCUCGGCGCCCAGCAACCAGGACGCUUCCCACCACCACCACACCAGCAGGCACAGCCGCAGCAAGUACGACCACAGCAGCCAUAUCCGCAGCAGCAGCAGCAAGGUGGUGCUCGUCCACCACCCAAUCCCGCCAUGCAGCCUCGUCCUCAGCAGCCCGCCGGAAUGCCUUUUGCUAGACCACCAGCGCCCUCUCCUUCCAACAGCAUGGCCGGCGGCCCGGGAUCGCUGCCCGCCCGUCCGUUUCCACAGCAAAUGGGUCCACAGUCAUCUGCAGACCCCGGUCGCGCUGCUCCACAACAGGCCCCGCAGCAGAUGCAAGGCGGUCUCGCUCCUCGUCCACCCUCCCAGCCGGGCACCAUGGCCGGCGUAGAGUCGCAAAUGGCGGGUCUCAACAUGCAAGCUCGUCAACCUAGUCCCGCCCCCGCCCUCGCACCGGAUGCAGGUCCGGCCAAGACCAAACGCAGCGCACGCGCCUAUCACACCGACGCGCAGGCUGCGUCGGCUCCAGGCUGGAACGACGCACCUAGCCAGCCAAAUCCACCACCGGCGCCAUGGCAGCAGGCGGCAGCUGCAAGGGUAGCUCAGCAGGGCCACCAGUUCAACCAGCCCGCGGACGACGAUGCGGCGCUCGAUCAGAUGCCCGGGCAACGAAACAUGAUCUCGCCCGCCCAGGCUGCUCACAACCGCGCCAUGAUGAACCAGACCCAGGCAGCAGCGCGGCCCAACAUGCCCAACAACCCACAGAGCAGCGUGCCAGGCAUGCAGGCAGCGCUGGGAGGUGGCGCCGGCGCCGGCAACGUUGGUAUCGCGCAACCGCCUCAUCAAGCCGGACAGCGAUUCGCAGGACCUCGCAGCAAGAUCGACCCGGAUCAGAUCCCAAGCCCCGUCGAGAUGCAGGAUGCUGACCAGGAGUUCUUCGACAAGGAGUGGUUUGCUACCUGCGGACGCGGUGGCAUGCCGCUGAGCACCACCAGCUUUGCCGCCGUCGACCAAGGCAACUGCUCUCCCAAGCAUCUGCGACUCACCACCUACAGCAUGCCAGCCACCGACGAACUCGCCACCACCUCGCAGCUCCCCCUCGCUGUGCUGUUGCAGCCCUUCGGACAGCUUCGUGCGGACGAGGCGCCUAUCCCCGUCGCAACCUUCGGCGAGAGCGGUCCGCCACGCUGCAAGCGAUGCCGAGCCUACAUCAAUGCAUGGUGUGUCUUCGUCGAGGGCGGUCAAAAAUGGACCUGCAACCUCUGCGGAACGGCCACCGAGGUGGCUGCCGACUACUUCUGCAACCUCGACAUGAGUGGUCGACGAGUCGAUUUUGAUCAACGGCCUGAGCUCUCGCGCGGAUCCAUCGACUUUGCUGUGCCAAAAGAGUACUGGGCCGUGCAGUCGACACCGCCUGCCUCCGUGCUGCUCCCCGUGGCGCCGGCGAGCACUCGCACAGAGACCGCCAAGCUCGAACCAAAGGCAGACGCAAAGGACUACGAGGGCACCACGCUCGGUCUCUCCGGUCAGGGCGCGCAGGCCGCCAAAAGCGCCACGAAAGCCGCCAACGACGCGCUUAGUGGACUUCAGCUUGGCAAGGGCCGCACAACGGUGCGUGCACCUCGACCUCUCACCUACUUCUUUGCCAUCGACGUGAGCUACAGUGCCGUCCGAUCGGGCGCCUUGGCCAGCUCCGUGGCCGCCAUCCGAGAGACGCUCUAUGGUCCGAAAGAGAGCGCGGCAGAGCAAGGAACAAACGGCGCGCCAGACGCUGAUGCCACUGCCGGCCCCGGUUUUGGUCUCGUAGAAGGCGCACGCGUCGCCAUCCUCACCUUCGACCGUGCUCUUCACUUUUACAAUCUGGCCCCAGAGCUGGACCAGGCGCAGAUGCUCGUGGUCGGUGACAUUGACGAGCCCUUCGUACCCAUCAGCGAUGGCUUGCUUGCCGAUGUGUGGGAGUCUCGUCACCUGAUCGAGGGUCUUCUCGACCAACUUCCAAGCAUGUUCGCUGAGAACAUGGUCGGUGAUGCUGCUCUUGGCGCCGCGGUACGGGGAGCUCAGGCAGCGUUGUCCACCAUUGGUGGUCAGGCCAACAUCUUCUUGUCUACUAUCCCUACCGUCGGACCGGGUGCGCUCAAGCACCGCGAGGACACCAAGCUGUACGGAACCGACAAGGAGAAGAACCUCUUCGUUCCUCAGGACGGCUUCUACCGCGGCGUGGCCGAGGAGUGCGUCGACGCAGGCAUCGGUAUCAACCUCUUCUUCUUCCCUUCGCAGUACAUUGACGUGGCCACCAUCGGCGUGCUGCCUGGCUUCACGGGUGGAGAUGUCUUCUUCCACCCGCGCUUCGAUCCUGUGCGAGACGGCAUCCGACUGCAAAGCGAGGUUCGACGCACCGUGCUGCGCGAGACCGCCUACAAUGUCACGAUGCGCCUGCGUUGCUCCAACGGUCUCCGCGUCGCCGACCACUUUGGCAACUUCUUCCAGCGCAACUCGACCGAUCUCGAACUCGGCACCAUGGAUGCGGACAAGUGUAUCGCAGCGCUGGUCAAGCACGACGGCAAGCUCGACGAAAAGCACGAAGCCCACUUCCAGUGUGCUGUUCUCUACACUACAGCGCAGGGAGAACGACGUGUGCGAUGUCACAACAUUGCUGUGCCCGUCACAUCGCUGCUGGGCAACGUCUUCCGCUACGCCGAUAUGGACAGCGCUGUGGCGUACUACAGCAAGGAGGUGGUGUCGUUGGCGCACGCCAAGCCGCUCAAAGAGGUCCGCCACUAUCUCACGGACAAGUGCGUCAAGAUCCUGCUGGCAUACCGCCGGAACUGCGCCUCGUCCACCAGCCCAGGCCAGCUGAUUCUGCCAGAGAGCUUCAAGCUGUUCCCGCUGUAUGCUCUGGCGAUCAACAAGACCAAGUGCAUCAAGGGCGGCAACGUGACGUCGGAUGUGCGCGCCUUCUACAUGCGCUUCUUCCGCGCACAGGGUGUCUCGGCCAUCAUGUCGAUGCUCUACCCACGCAUGAUCGCGCUGCAUACGAUGUCGGAUGCCGACGGCUCGCCGAUCCAGAUUCAGCAGCCCGAUGGGACCACGGUGGACGGCACGCGCAUCAAGACACCUGCGCUGAUGCGACCUUCGUACCUGCGCAUGGAAGGUCACGGUGCUUACUUGCUCGAGAACGGCGAGAUGUGCAUCUUGUGGCUCGGCGCCAACGUCAACCCGCGUCUGCUGGAGGACCUGUACGGUGUCAACUCGUUGGAAGAGAUCGACGCUCGCAUGACUCGCUUGCCGAAACUGCCGACCAAGCUCUCCAAGCAGGUUCGCGCGAUGAUCCAGUCGUUUGCGGUGCAGAGGAAUAAGCCCGAGUUGCCGGUGCUCAUCGCUCGACAGAACCGCGAUGGAACCGAGGUGGAACUUGCCAACAGCCUGGUGGAGGACCAGAACAACGACGCGAUGAGCUACGUCGACUACCUUUGCCAUGUCCACCGCAUCAUCAGCUCGGAUAUGACUUCGGGUAAGGAGGAGUCGUCUUCGUGGUUUUCCUCAUAA